AUGUCUCUAAGAAUCCAAGCUACCAGACUAAUUGCCAACUCUCGUGUGAUCACUGCCAAGAGAACCUUGUCUUUGGCCUCUCGCGCUGCUCUAAGACCAGCUGCCGCCAGACAAUUCAUCAAGCCAAUGGUUGCUACCCGUGGUAUCAAGCAAAUCAACUUCGGUGGUUCCGUCGAAACUGUCUACGAAAGAGCCGACUGGCCACGUGAGAAGUUGUUGAACUACUUCAAGAACGACACUUUGGCUUUGAUCGGUUACGGUUCUCAAGGUUACGGUCAAGGUUUGAACAUGAGAGACAACGGUUUGAACGUCAUCGUUGGUGUCCGUAAGGACGGUGCCUCUUGGAAGGCCGCCAUCGAGGACGGCUGGGUCCCAGGUGAAACUUUGUUCGAUGUCAACGAAGCCAUCCAAAAGGGUACUUACGUCAUGAACUUGUUGUCCGACGCUGCCCAAUCCGAGACCUGGAACUCUAUCAAGCCUCUAUUGACCAAGGGUAAGACUUUGUACUUCUCCCACGGUUUCUCUCCAGUUUUCAAGGACUUGACCCACGUCGAGCCACCAAAGGACGUCGACGUCAUCUUGGUCGCUCCAAAGGGUUCCGGUAGAACCGUCAGAUCUCUAUUCAAGGAAGGUCGUGGUAUCAACUCCUCUUACGCUGUCUGGAACGACGUCACUGGUAAGGCCCACGAGAAGGCCCAAGCCUUGGCUGUUGCCAUCGGUUCUGGUUACGUUUACCAAACCACCUUCGAGAAGGAAGUCAACUCUGACUUGUACGGUGAGAGAGGUUGUCUAAUGGGUGGUAUCCACGGUAUGUUCUUGGCCCAAUACGAGGUCUUGAGAGAAAACGGUCACUCCCCAUCCGAAGCCUUCAACGAAACCGUCGAAGAGGCCACCCAAUCCUUGUACCCAUUGAUUGGUAAGUACGGUAUGGACUACAUGUACGACGCCUGCUCCACCACCGCCAGACGUGGUGCUUUGGACUGGUACCCAAUCUUCAAGGACGCCUUGAAGCCUGUCUUCCAAGACUUGUACGAGUCCGUCAAGAACGGUUCCGAGACCAAGAGAUCUUUGGAGUUCAACUCUCAACCAGACUACAGAGUCAAGUUGGAAGAAGAAUUGGAGACCAUCAGAAACAUGGAGAUCUGGAAGGUCGGCAAGGAAGUCAGAAAGUUGAGACCAGAGAACCAAUAA